UUUAGCAACCUUCCCAUUGAGAUUGCCCUCAUCGUCUUGACAUAUGCGGCCAAGCCAACAUUUUCCCAAGAAGAGAAAUAUGAUGAUAAAAAUCCCUAUUCCACUGCCGUCUCUCUAUGUCUCGUCUCUCGACUUGUGAGACGCACCAUCCUCCCCGAAUUACUGCACACGAUCUUGCUUCGCCGACCCUACAGCGUGAAUAUGUUUGCAAAUGCUCUGCGUAUGCAGAAAGCGUACGCUGAGAAAGAAAGCGAUCUCGUCUUUGACUAUAUCUCCACUAUAAAGAGGGUGUGGAUCGAUGACUCGUGUAACUAUCCUGUUGAUACUAACGACUUCUAUAUAGCAUAUCGUUCAGGAAAUUCUCAGUUCGAUCAGAACAUGGAUGUGCUGGUUCCAGUGAUACUUGCUACGCCGGCACUUGCAAUUAACUCCUACCAAUUAUUGCGUGUCAUGGAGAGCGUGCAAAAUGCAUGGGAUUUCUAUACAGAUCGCAAUAUCAGCAGACACUCCUCCUUUCCUGGGAAACCCAAAAGUCUGACAUUAACGGGUCUCGAUGUCAACUGCAAGAUCCUCCACGACAUUUGUGGAGGAUUCAUUUUCCUUACAUGGAUCACCCGCAUCACUUGCCUCAUCGAUUUGGAGGCGGAUUCAAACAGUUUUUGCGACACCAGCAGGGGCUUACGAUCUCCAGAACACCCGCUACGUAAUUGGAUAUGCGUCACUCCGUGGGCUUGGUUGAAGAACCUUGAGACCUUUUCGAUAUUUGACCCGCAUCUGACUGCCCCCUGCGAUAAUGAUUCACAUAUUGAUCACACAAGGGGAGUAGAUGUGCAUGUGGAACGACUCACAUUGCCUACUUCC